ACUUCAUUUCCAUUGGGAGACUAAAACACAUUGGGCAUGAAUGUUUUAAGUUAAACAAACUAUAUCGUUACGCCCACGGGAGCAGUGACCUCACGUCCUGAUGCGGUGCAGUGACGGGCUGUUGCCGAAGGUCCCCAUCAUUGGUGAACACCGAUUUUACAAGCAAGUCUCCUUGAUCCAUCAUGAAAAUUCUUGUAUUCCUCCUCGCGAUACAACUGACAGGCACCGCCGCACCGCCUAAAUUGAAAAAAGCGUCGGUGAAAAAAGGGGAAAAGUUUGUAAAUACUUGCUCAAUGGAUGCAGACGAGGGAGUUUAUUGGUUCCAACAGCCCAGGAAUUCCGGCCCGAAGUUCUUGUUGUAUGUAACAGGCACGGGUAAAGUGAAAAGUGCGAGCAACCCCGAAAGACACACUGCAGAGAAAUCAUCCAAAAAAGUGACUCUGACGAUCAAGAAGUCUGUGGAAGAAGACGAGGGGAAGUAUUACUGUUUCAUGGUCAAGAACAUGGCCAUGAUAUUUGGGGACAUCAUUGACCUGGACAUUGAAGGGGUCAAAACCACACCAGAGCCAACGACCACCCCCACCACGACACAAAAAGUACCGAUUACUAUGGACAGCAAAGGAUCUACUCAAUGUCAUUCAACUGAAAGAGGUACAAGCCAAGAGAAAACAGAAGAUCCAUUGAGCUGCCACUUCCUCAUCUGGGCUCCUCUGACUGGCGCUGCCGCUCUGUUGAUCAUCGCACUGACCUAUGUCUCCAUCGUUUAUUGCAGAAGACCCCGCCGGAGACGCUGUCAGCAUCAAUUUAGAAAGAGACCAAUAGCUGAAGAAGAUAGACCAUCAAACAGAUAUCUUUAACAAGUUCAUUCUGGAAAACGUGUGCGAUUCAUCCAUGGAUCAUUGAACCUUCUGCGAGAUAAAUGAUGUGGCGUAGGAGUGACUGAGGCCUUCAGCGUGUCCUUAUAUUUUGCACAAUGGCCAUUCCAAUUGCCCCUUUCAUCGUUUGAAACAUUGCCGUAGCUGACCGAAGCCAAUACGUGACACGCACUGAGUUUUGGGAAGAAAGUGGCAACUGUUCUAAAUGUAAACUUGUCCUUUUCUUAUAUCUGUGUUUGACAACAAUUCCGCCCUUGAGGAAGAAGCUGUAGUUUUACACUGUACCUUUUUUGAUAUCUUUCCCAAAUGCCUGGUCAAAAUGCGGAGUGCCACUUGGAGGGUGAAAGCUGCACUCUCUCUCUGUAUCCUGGUGAUCUAGCACUGCCAAGGCAGUCUGUUUCAUACCAAGGAACAGAAUGGCUGGACAUGGGGAGUACAGCUCUACUGUAAAGGAGGAACCUUAAUGUUCAAUUUAAACUCCUUCCAAUCUGACUGUUCCUGCUGUCGUCACAGCCUCCAGAAUGAAACAGAUACCAAUCCCAAGGAGGGUUUUUUUCAAUAUUACUUAUUCACAGGAUGUGGGCAUGUCUUGUCCAGAGGGCAGUUAAAAAUCAACCACAUUGUGUGCGUCUAGAAUCACAUGUAGAUAACACAGUGUGGAGCUGGAAGAACAGGGCAGGCCAGGCAGCAUCAGAGGAGCAGGAAAGUUGACGUUUUGGCUCGGGACCCUUCUUCAGAACCGGCCCGAAACAUCAACUUUCCUGCUCUCCUGAUGCGUACCUCCAGCUCCACACUGUGUUAUCUCUGACUCCAGCAUCUGCAGUUCUUGCUAUCUCUGGAGUCACAUGUAGGCCAGACCAGGUAAGGAUGGCAUUUUCCUUCCCUAAAAGAAUCAGGUGGGGGUUUUCCUGACGGUUAACAAUGGGUUUAGUGGUUAUCAUUAGACACUUAAAUUCCAGGAAUUUUACUGAAUUCCAAUUACACCAUCAGCCAUCGUGGGAUUCGAACCCUUCCCCCAGGUUAAUUAGCUGAGAUUAGUAGGCUAGCGAUGAUACCUCUGGACCCUUGCCAUAUCCUGGGAUUGGGAUUUCAAAAACCCCGUUUAUGGGCCAAGGUUAAGUCUUUCAGUCCUUCUGCACACAGCCGUGUCAUUAGAGAGAAUCUUCAGAGAGAAUUUGCUACAAGGAACUGUGUAGAACAAAGAAAUUCAGUCCGAAUGAUUUAAGAUUAACCACCGAUUGUUUACAAGCAACACGCUCUCCAAUAUUGGAACUUCCGCAUUCUGUCCGAGCAUACACGAAGAUUUGUGAAUUAUUUGACUACUUUUUACAUUUUUUUGUGCUGGAACGUUUAACCUGAGAAAUCUUAUCUUUAUUUCCUGUAUUCCUUUCUCUCGGUGCCUGUAGAGUUUGGACUAUUUUGUUAACCUGAAGUGAGCUGAAUGGAGCUUUUUUUGGGGUGUGAUAUUAAACAUUGCAGUCAACAACA